CAUUUAUUUAACAAAAGAGGCAGUAUUGCCGUUGAGUAGGCACGACCGCACGACUCCACUGAGAGUUCUGUCUGUUGCCGGAGGCAAAUCCAGAGAACGACGGACAGAAGAAGCCACAAAGCAGUUCUGGUUUUGAGAUCAACAGGGGCACAUGAAGUGAGCACCAAACAUGCCCUUCCUUCUUAAUCUCUGCGAGUGCUCCAUUUUCAAUCCCACUCAUCCACUCUCUCAUUUAGCCAUAAACAGCAUCUCUACCCAAUUCCCCGCUCUUUCGAUAAGGUUACACCCUCAAAAGCCAACUCUUGGUUAUGCUCUAACCCCAGAACCUCACUCCAGGUCUUCCACGAACCUGAUUUUUUCAAGUUAUUCAGUUCGGAGACUGAUUCAGGUAGCUCUUUGCUCUAAAAAGGAAGCAUACGACGAAUCUAAGAGUACCCAUUCGCCUGCCAAGCUUGAAAACGAGGAGAUCGCAUUACUAGAUAAACCAACUCCUAAGCCAAUAGAUGACCAAUCCGAGACAGAAACACAAAAGGAAUCUGUAAAACGUAGUAACAAGGAAAUCUUGGAGCCUUUUCUUAGGCUCUUAAAGCUCAAGGAUUCAGUAGGAGAAAACCCCGUUUCUGAAAGGAGUCUUAAGGAGGGAAAUCAAGUAAAUGUAGAAUAUUUUGAGCCUAAACCGGGGGACUUUGUGGUGGGUGUUGUGGUCUCAGGAAAUGACAGGAAGCUUGAUGUCAACAUUGGUGCUGACCAAUUGGGGGUGAUGCUGACUAAGGAUGUGUUGCCAUUGAAUAGUAAGGAGAUGGGAAAUUUGCUGUGUGACUUGGAGAAGGAUGCUGAGAUGAUAAUGGUGCCAGGGAAGGUGGGAGUUCUGAUGAAUGAUGUGGCCUUCAGUGAGGAGCCAAAUCCUGGCAAGCCUGUUGUGGAUCUCGGGUGUAUCUUGUUUGCUGAGGUUUUAGGAAGAACUCUCAGUGGCCGGCCAUUGUUGUCUUCGAGAAAACUCUUUAGACGUCUUGCUUGGCAUCGAGUGAGGCAGAUCAAACACUUCAAUCAACCUAUUGAGGUCAAGAUAACUGAGUGGAACACUGGUGGUCUUUUGACAAGAAUAGAGGGUUUGCGUGCUUUUCUUCCAAAGGCUGAACUGGUGAACAGAGUAAACAGUUUCAAAGAGCUGAAGGAGAAGGUGGAUCGACGGCUACAUGUGUUGAUUACUAAAAUAAAUGAAGAAACUAAUGACUUAAUACUAACUGAGAGGGAAGCUUGGAACAUGCUAAAUCUUCAAGAGGGGACACUGUUGGAAGGAACAGUCUGGAAAAUAUUUUCAUAUGGUGCACAGAUAAAGAUAGGUGAAACGAAUCGUAGUGGGUUACUGCACAUCUCGAACAUCACCAAAGGCCAAAUUUCUUCAGUGAGUGACUUGCUAGCUGUGAAUGAGACGAUAAAAGUAUUGGUUGUGAAGUCUAUGUUCCCCGACAAAAUAUAUCUGAGUAUUGCAGAUCUUGAGAGUGAGCCGGGUUUAUUUCUAUCGAACAAAGAGAAAGUGUUUUGCGAAGCAGACAUGAUGGCAAAGAAGUACAGGCAGAAGAAUAUCCCAGCUGCUUCUUCACUGAUGGGCAAAACAGAACCCCUCCCAACCAACAACAGUCUUCCAUUUGAAGAUGGAGAAAAAAUGUAUGCAAAUUGGCAAUGGUUCAAAUUUCAGAAAGGAUAAUAAAUCAAUAAUAUAUUUGGUUUAUGAGGAUAAAUUUGAAUUGAAUGCACAGCUCCACUAUAUUGCAUGUGUCUCAACUUGUCUGCUGUCACAUGCUUACUUUAUAAAUGGAUCUGGAAUUUUGACAAUCAGUUUAAACUUUAAAACUUUUAAG